UAGGUUUUAAUUGUACCUGGUCUGACACUUCUGAGUGCAAGAGUCAAAACCACGUGUCUUUUCUUCUAUUGUAAUUUCUUCUACUUUAGUUAAAGAUGUCAAAAAUGGCAGCUGAACAUAUAAGUCACCCAUACUGGCCCAGAGACCUGCACAUUCCCAGCUACAUAGAAAAUGAACGCUCCAUGUUUGAAAUUGUUACGUUCCUGUUUUCUGUGUCUGGGCUGUUGGUCUUGUUGGCCUGGACUUUGACAGGAUGUUGUGUAAGUGGAGAAAGACUGAGCAGCUGGAGAAGGUUAGCACUGUGCUGGUUUACUGUGUGUGGCUUCAUCCAUGGUGUCAUAGAAGGCUGGUUCUCACUCUACUACAGCAUCAUUCCAGGAGACCAGAGCUUUCUUUCCCAACUCUGGAAAGAAUAUUCAAAAGGAGACAGCAGAUAUGUCAUAGCUGAUAAUUUUACGGUGUGUAUGGAAACAGUGACUGCAUGUCUGUGGGGACCUUUUAGUCUGUGGAUUGUAGUGGCCUUCUUGUACAAUCGCCCCUACAGAUUUGUUCUACAGCUAAUUGUAUCAUUAGGGCAGCUGUAUGGAGCCGUUCUCUACUUCUACACUGAACACAGAGAUGGGUACAUGCACAGCGAAUAUGGCCAUCCCAUCUAUUUCUGGUUUUACUUUGUCUUUAUGAAUGUCCUGUGGAUUGUGAUUCCUUUCAUUCUUAUCGUGGACUCUUGGUGCCAGUUAUCAAGCUCUCAAGCCUCGGCAGACCAGAGAGUACGCAAACACAAGUCCAAAUAGACAAGAAAUGAAGUUUAGGAGAAUGAGUGACUGUAUUGUAAUUGUAAUUGUAAUUAAAGCUUAUAAACUCUUUUCAUGUGAACAUUUUUAUAGUUUGUAUGAUUUAUGUUUAUGAUAUGAGUAAAGUAUGCUCAGCAAAACAUAUGUUUCAUUAUUUUAUAUUUUCUUGGGAAUAAACACAAUCUUAAUUUUA